CUUAAAAAGAGGUGGCACACAAGCAGACAAGCAUUCAUUCAGCUCUGCCUCCUCUAAGCAGAUUUACUUUUGCUCUGCUGUUGCUGUUGCUGCUGCUGCUCCUUCAUACCCUGCUCCACUUUGCCUUGACCAUGCUAAGGAUGCUACCAGUCCUUCAGCUCCGGAUCCUGCUCUUCCUCCUCUGGCUCUGGCAUUUCACUGCAGACCACAAAGUGCAAGCUGGUAACUGCUGGCUCCAGCAAGGCAAGAACGGGAGAUGCCAGGUUCUCUACAUGCCUGGGAUGAGCAGGGAAGAAUGCUGCAGGAGUGGACGGCUCGGGACAUUCUGGACCGAAGAAGACGUGCCCAACAGCACCCUGUUCAGGUGGACCAUCUUCAACGGAGGAGCGCCCAACUGCAUACCCUGCAAAGAGACGUGUGACAACGUGGACUGCGGUCCCGGGAAGAAGUGCAAGAUGAACCGGAGGAGCAAGCCGCGCUGCGUCUGCGCCCCAGACUGCUCCAACAUCACCUGGAAGGGUCCCGUGUGCGGAUCCGAUGGAAAGACGUACCGGGACGAGUGCGCCCUGCUGAAGUCCAAGUGCAAAGGGCACCCAGAUCUAGAGGUGCAAUACCAGGGCAAAUGCAAAAAGACAUGCCGCGAUGUGCUUUGCCCGGGCAGCUCGACGUGCGUCGUGGACCAGACAAACAACGCCUACUGCGUGACGUGCAACCGCAUCUGCCCCGAGGUCACGUCGCCGGACCAGUACCUCUGCGGCAACGACGGCAUCGUCUACGCCAGCGCCUGCCAUCUGAGAAGGGCCACGUGCUUGCUGGGCCGAUCCAUCGGCGUGGCCUACGAGGGAAAAUGCAUCAAAGCCAAAUCCUGCGACGACAUCCAGUGCAGCGCGGGGAAGAAGUGUCUGUGGGACGUCCGGAUGGGCCGGGGCCGCUGCGCCCUGUGCGAGGAGACAUGUCCCGAAAGCCGCUCGGACGAGGCGGUGUGCGCCAGCGAUAACACCUCGUACCCCAGCGUGUGCGCCAUGAAGCAGGCCGCAUGCUCUCUGGGGGUUCUCCUGGAGGUCAAGCAUUCAGGAUCUUGCAACUCCAUCACGGAGGACCAGGAGGAGGACGAUGAUGAAGAAGACCAGGACUACAUGGCUUAUAUCCAUUUAUCGCCAAUACUGGACGGAUAAACUGCCAACAAAACCCCAACAAAAUCCCAGUGGAAACAGUCCUGUGGGGGGGGGGGGGGGGGGGGGAGGAAACAUGUCCACACUGUACAAAUGUGUAUGCUAAUUUAUUUUUCAAAGAAAAAAAAAGGAAGUAUACAUAUAGUUCAGUCUGAUAGAUGUUUAUUUAUACAGUGUUUUUUUUUCCUCGUUUCGUUUUAUAAUUUAUACAUUUACGAUGUCUGACUUACUCUCUGUCUCUAUCAUGUUAUUUUUUGUGUUCACUUGUUUUUUUUUUUGUCUUUUUUUAUUAUUAUUAUUAUGAAGAAGAAGUAUAUUUGUCCAAAGAGAAGCAGUGUUAUUUAUUGUGAGGUAAAAGAAAAAAAAUGAAUGAAAAGAUAAAAAAAAAAAAAUAAAGGAAGAAGAGUAAUAAGACGCUACCAUGUAAAGUGUAAGUCUUCGGCAAGCUGUAAAUUGCAUUCCCUGAGCUGUAUAAAUCUGCUUAUCGCUGUCCAUUCUAUAUCACAGAUGUUUUAUUAUUUCACACUUAAAACUGCAUGUUUGCCUGUGUGUUUAUUUAUUGGGGGAGAAAAAAAAAAAAUCUAUCACUCUUUAAAAUGUACAUAACCUAUCUCUGGUUUCUGUUUAUUCUUCACUGUAACUGACCAAAGGGAUUUUCUCAAUGGUUCUUCGACGUUUUCGCUGUACAGCGCAGCAUGCUAAUGCUAAUCUCUGAACAUGAGCCAUUUCUCAACACAGAAAGUUUUUUUAUUAUUAUUAUUAUUAUUAUUAUUAUUAUUAUUAUAAUUAUACUGAUUUGUUUAUUUGAGAUGUUUAUUUCAGCUUUUGCCGUUGUUCACUGUUUCAGCAGUUUCAUGUACUCAGCUGUAGAGCAGAAAUCAACUAUGGGUGAUACUUGAUUGUCAAAAAAAAAAAAAAGAA